UCCAACUUUAAUACGAUUCUUUCUCCGGCUAAGUGCAAAUGAUGUACAACUUAUUGUUGAUAUUGCUUUUCUUUCACGUUUCUCUGUGCCGGUGUCUAGAGAACCGACCAGAUCCACGCAUAGUUGGCGGAUUUCCAGCUGAUAUUGCCAACAUUCCGUAUAUCGUUUCCAUUCAGCUAUAUGGCAUUCACCAUUGUGGUGGCUCUAUAAUAAAUAACCACACCAUUUUAACGGCUGCUCACUGCCUCGCGGGAGUUUCCCAUCGACUGCUGAAAGUUAAGGUUGGUGGUACAUCCCGAUAUCGCAAAGAUGGAGAACUGUUCUCCGUUGCUGAUCUUGAAACCCAUGAGAAGUUCAAUGCCAAGACCAUGGACUACGAUAUUGGGAUAAUUCGGCUGGCCAAAAACCUUACAUUAUCCAGAAAGGUAAAAGCAAUCCCUGUGAACCGCAAGAGAAUACCAGAUGGCACAUAUUCAACCAUUGCCGGUUGGGGAUUCAAGUCCAUGAAUGGUCCUGCAUCAGACAGUUUGAGAUAUGCCCGAGUACCGAUCGUUAAUCAAACAGUCUGCAGAAAUCUGCUGGGAAAAGGAGUAACGGAUCGUAUGCUCUGCGCGGGAUACCUUCGCGGCGGCACAGAUGCCUGUCAAAUGGACUCCGGAGGACCCUUGUCAGUGAGGGAAGAACUGGUCGGCAUUGUGUCUUGGGGAGUUGGCUGUGCCUUGGCCGAUAAGCCAGGAGUCUACUCACGCCUCGAUGCACUGUACCCCUGGUUAAACAAGGUUUUGUCUAACUAAAGUGAGAGAUUGUUCUUGUUGAAACAUGUGUGCUAUCUCUAUCCCACGGUCAGCACACGUUAAUAAUUUACUUUCACCUUUAAAGUUAAUUAUUGCUAUGGUGAUUUUAUCGUUAAAAACUUAAUAAAAACUUAAUGGUUCAUAAAAAUGUGUAGCAUCUA